CAAAGCCAUCGGCAGUGUGAGUCUCAGUUCCCUACCUGGCCACCUGUUUCUUCCGUCUAUCGAAGACCUGAUCCGUGCCUCCCUGGAUCAGUGAUUGCGUGGUGUCCUGUAGAACUACUGUGACCCCGUAAUUUGUGGUCCCCGCAGGCGUCAACGAAUUUUCGUUUGCGGACCAUCAAGACUAUCAUCCGAGUCGUCCCCUCUCCAGGGUCACAGGAAACACCCUGAGCAAAAUGCCUCGCAAAGCUAUCGACGCCCGUAUCCCCGCCCUCAUCCGGAAUGGCGUCCAGGAAAAGAAGCGCAGCUUCUUCGUCGUCGUUGGCGACCGCGCCAAAGAUGUGAUCGUCAACCUGCACUACAUCAUGUCGAGCGUCGACGUCAAGCAGAACAAGUCCGUUCUGUGGGCCUACAAGAAGGAUUUGCUGGGUUUCACGAGUCACCGGAAGAAGCGCGAAGCCAAGAUCAAGAAGGAGGUGAAGCGCGGCAUCAGAGAACCGAACCAGGAGGAUCCGUUCGAGCUGUUUAUCACCCUCAAUCAGAUCCGCUAUGUCUACUAUAAGGAGACGGAGAAGAUUCUCGGUAAUACCUACGGCAUGUGCGUUCUCCAGGACUUCGAAGCCAUGACCCCGAACCUGCUCGCCCGGACCAUCGAGACCGUCGAAGGAGGUGGUAUUGUCUUGCUGCUGCUGAAGGGCAUGAACAGCUUGAAGCAACUGUACACCCUGUCGAUGGAUAUCCACUCCAGAUACCGAACCGAAGCCCACGACGAUGUCACCGCCAGAUUCAACGAGCGUUUCAUUCUGUCCCUUGGUAGCUGCGACUCAUGCCUCGUCGUGGAUGACGAACUGAACGUCCUGCCCAUUUCCGGAGGAAAGAACGUGAAGCCGCUGCCUCCCCCCGAGUCGACCGAUGAGACCAACUCCGGCACAAAGAAGGAGCUGAAGGAGAUCAAGGAGAGCUUGGCAGAGUCCCAGCCCGUGGGCCCUCUCAUCAGCCUGGCUCGCACGGUCGAUCAAGCGAAGGCGCUCCUUACGUUUGUCGAUGCGAUCGCUGAGAAGACGCUUAGAAGCACCGUCGCUUUGACUGCUGCCAGAGGUCGCGGUAAGUCCGCAGCUCUUGGUGUCGCCAUCGCGGCUGCUGUGGCGCACGGUUACAGCAACAUCUUCAUCACCUCCCCCAGCCCCGAGAACUUGAAGACCCUCUUCGAAUUUGUGUUCAAGGGCUUCGACGCCCUGGGCUACCUUGACCACGUCGACUACACCAUCCUUCAAUCGACCAACCCUGACUUCAACAAGGCCAUCGUCCGUGUCAACAUCCAUCGUCAGCACCGCCAGACGAUCCAGUACAUCCAACCCCAGGAUGCUCAUGUCCUGGGCCAGGCCGAGCUGCUGGUCAUUGAUGAAGCCGCCGCCAUCCCUCUGCCUCUGGUCCGCAAGCUGAUGGGACCGUACCUGGUCUUCAUGGCGUCUACUAUUAACGGUUACGAAGGAACGGGCCGGUCUCUCUCCCUGAAGCUGAUCCAGCAGCUUCGCGAGCAGUCCAGAGGAGGCGUGAAGGUCAGCGGUCAGGAAGAUAUCGACGUCGCUGACCGUGCCACGGGCAAGGCAGCCAAGAACACCGACAAGAGCCUGGCCGGCCGGUCCCUGAGAGAAAUCACCCUCUCCGAACCCAUCAGAUACGCCCCCGGUGAUUCGGUGGAGAAGUGGUUGAACAAGGUCCUCUGUCUGGACGCGACUCUGCCCAAGUCUCGCAUGAACACCCAGGGCACCCCCCAUCCAUCGCAGUGUCAAUUGCUCCAGGUCAACCGUGAUACCCUGUUCUCCUUCCACCCCGUUUCCGAAAAGUUCCUCCAGCAGAUGAUGGCUCUCUACGUCGCCAGUCAUUACAAGAAUACCCCGAAUGAUCUUCAGCUCAUGAGCGAUGCGCCCGCGCAUCAACUGUUCGUUCUCGUUCCUCCCAUUGACGAAGAAGCCACCAAGCUUCCCGAGCCCCUAUGUGUUAUCCAGGUUGCGCUGGAAGGUCGCAUCAGCAGACAGAGCGUCCUCAACAGCCUGAGCCGUGGUCAGCGGGCGGGUGGAGACCUGAUCCCCUGGCUUGUCAGCCAGCAAUACCAGGACGAGGACUUCGCCGGACUCUCCGGUGCCAGAAUUGUCCGCAUCGCCACAAACCCCGAGUACCUGAGCAUGGGUUACGGAUCUCGCGCUCUGGAGCUGCUGACUGACUUCUACGAGGGCAAGUUCACCAGUCUCUCGGAGGAUAUCCCCGAGCCUCAGGAAGAAAUGGUCCGGGUGACUGAUGAGGAGCUCACCAACUCCAACCUUCUGGACGACAACGUCAAGGUCCGGGACAUUCACACCAUGCCCCCGUUGUUCGGCAAGCUGUCGGAGCGUCGUCCGGACGCUCUCGACUACCUUGGUGUCAGCUUCGGUCUCACCCCGUCUCUGCACAAGUUCUGGAAGCGCUCUUCCUUCUCUCCUGUCUACCUCCGCCAGACCCCCAACGACCUGACCGGCGAGCACUCCUGCGUGAUGCUGCGCACCCUCACUGCUGGCUCCAACGACGCCGGCUGGCUGGGUGCCUUCUCCCGGGACUUCCACAAGCGAUUCGCUUCUCUGCUGUCCUACCAGUUUCGCGAGUUCCCCUCCGUGCUCUCUCUUAGCAUCUGCGAGUCCGCCAACUCCGGCGCGAAGCUCGAUACUGCCUACUCUCAGGCCCUCCUGACCAAGGCCGACCUCGACGCAGCCUUCUCUCCCUUCGACCUGAAGCGUCUCGACAGCUACUCCAACAACCUCCUCGACUACCACGUCAUCCUCGACAUGGUACCCGUCAUCGCCGAGUACUACUUCUCCGGCCGCCUCAGCGGCAAGGUCAGCCUGUCGGGCGUGCAGCAGUCCAUCCUCCUCGCCAUUGGUCUGCAGCGCAAGAACCUCGACGCCCUGGAGAAGGAACUCAGCCUCCCCUCCUCCCAGCUCCUCGCCAUGUUCCUCAAGAUCAUCCGCAAGAUGUCGACCCACUUCCGCAACCUCGUCGAAGGCGCUGUUGCCGAGACCAUGCCCGCCGAGAAAGCCCCCACCGCCCAGGUCGUCACCGAGGCCCACGACGAAGUCGUUGACGAGCGCUUCAAGCCUCUGGAGACAGGUCUGGACGACGAACUCCGCGAGGGUGGCCAGCAAGUAGACGAGGAGCUUCGGGAGAAGCAGCGCGCCCUGAUCGACGCCCUCCCUCUAGACAAAUACGAGAUCAAAAACGGUAGCGCAGCCUGGGAAGACGCCGAGAAGCAGAUCCGCGGCGGCGGCGCCUCCACCGUCAGCAUCAAAUCGAGCAAGCAGACCAAGCGGAAGAAGGGCGAGUCGGCCCGCGAGAUCUACGACCAGGAGGUCGAUUCCAAGCGACAGAAGAUCAUUAAGAAGGGUACUGAGGGGAAGAAGAGGAAGCAUUAGAUCUUUCUAACCCCUUCUCUAUUUUCUUUCUUAUGAUGCUCUCUUCUUCAUCUUGAUCGUUGAAUUGGGAUAUAUUUGUUUGCAUUGUUUAGAUGGUGUUCUUAGGACUUGAAUCUCUGUUUCCCUAUCUUCUUCUUUAUAUUCUCUUAACCUCCUGCUUGAUGCAUGUUGAUUUGAUGACUGUGACUGGCAAAAGGGUGGGUGUCUUGUAUGUGUGUAUGUAUAUAUGUCAGUUUGGGUUGAAAAAAAGUUUCUUAGAGAAAUAAUAGUAUUCGUUGGAAAUGAUUUUCCG